AUGCGAGGUGUUCGGAACGUUUUGCUCGCCAGUGGAACUCUCUCACCGAUUCAGGCGUUCACUUAUAAUAUGGGGCUAAAUUUCGGAGCGAUUCUGGAGAAUGAACAUGCUCUGAAGCAAGUCCCAGUUCUUACUUCAAUCGUAACACGUGGAAAGCAUGGAGGGCUCACUGGAUCAUUCCAAAAUAGGAAGAACGUUAACUACGUGUCAGAUGUAGCCGAAGCAUUGAUUCGAAUGAUGGAAGCGACACCCCAAGGAAUCUUAGUAUUCUUCUCUUCAUAUUCUCAAAUGGACGAACUGGUUGCCACGUGGAAAACAAUGAAAUCUGCAGAAAACUCUACAGAUACAUUUUGGGCCAGAAUGGAAAAAAGUAAGAGAGUUGUUGUUGAGCCGAGAGCAAAAGAAGAGCUUGCAGCUGUUCGUCUCAAAUAUACACUGGGAGUAUCCGAACCUCACGGAGCUGCUUUACUUGCAGUUUGUCGUGGAAAAGUUUCAGAAGGAAUUGAUUUUUGUGAUGCCGAAUCAAGAGCUGUAAUUAUUGUUGGAAUUCCAUAUCCACCGAUUCAUGAUGAGAGGGUUGUGCUGAAAAAGAAGUAUCUGGAUGAUUUGAUGGGUAGAAAAGAUGUGACACACGAGAAACAAUCAUCUACCGAUUGGUAUCAAAUGGAGGCGUUUCGAGCUGUAAACCAGGCCAUUGGACGUGUUCUUCGACACAAAAAUGAUUUCGGAACGGUCGUUUUAUUAGACACAAGAUAUGCAACUGCGAAGCCAGAGAUGUUUCCAAAAUGGUUGAGAAGUACGAUCAGUCGAAUGGAUUCUGAUAAUUGUGCUCUGAAAACUGCUCGAUUUUUCAAAGAGAGAUGUCAUUUGAUUGAGAACUCCAAAGUGGAUUACAUCAAAAAACAAGCAAAGCAAUGCAAAUCGUUUAGUCAAGCGAAAAAAUCAUUUCCGUCGAAUCCAAGAGAUGAUAUAACAGAGAUCACUUUAGAGGACAUGUUCUCACCGGCAAAUAUGAUGUUGGAGAAAAAAGAGAGUAAUAAAUUGAUGUCUUCAUCUGUCAAGCCUUCCUUGUCAUCUGUGUUCAGUCUACCUACUAACGAGGAUGAAUUGAAAAUAAAGAAAUGGGAACAAGAGAACGACAGUCAGUCCACUACAUCGUCGGUUUCAGACAGCAAUAAACGGAAGUUCAAAACUGAAAUUCCUGUUUCUUCAUCUCAAAUUUCGAAUCAAAGAAGUGAACCGCCUAAAAAGAAGAAAUUGAUUCUGCUGACCCGUGAAACACUGCCUGAAAAAUAUCAAAAAGCACUUGAUAUCCCAACAUCAGAACUAACAAAAGGAAUGUCAUAUGAAAAUCAAAAACAGUUUGUUGCCACGCUGAAAGGAUACAAAGCUACAAGUAUCGAAUGGGAAGAAGUUUUUCAACGUCUUCGGCCUAUUUUUGUUCCCGAGAAGCCUGAAUUGUUCAUCAGUUGUUCGAAUAUUCUUCGGUCGGAAGACAAAAUGAAGUACUUGAGAAAAGCGUUGUCGUCGAAGAUAUACUAA